GUUGUUCUUGACAGUUGACAAUACACAAAGUUUAUAACUUAAUAAUAGAGAGGUGUAUGAGAGUUGAGGAGAGGAGUGAAAAAGAGAUCGGGGAAGGAUGGUAAAAUGGGUCAACUCGUUCAGUCACAACCGGCCGCGUCACUUUGUUUUUUAGCGGAUUAGGUUGAAUGGGACAACAACUAGUGGUGAGUUCAAAAUCUCAACCCAUCCGAUCAAAAAUAGUGGGCAAUUAAAACUCAUUAUGGUCACUCACAUUUGCACCGUGCGCAAUCAUGUGUGUACCACCGUGGCCUUUAAAUUUAUCUCGGUUAUCUUAUCAAUAAAUUUAUUUCUAUAGUUGCGAGCAAGAAAUUAAUUUCUGCAAAUUAUAUAUUUUGGGGACCAAAAGGUCAACAUGGUCAAUGGCUUGACUGUAAUUUUGGCUGUGUUUCCAUUUAGUAGAAUUGUUUCACGUGUUAAUUUAAAAGCUAAACGGAAGCAUGGGAAAUAUUUCCCGUUGGCUUCCUGGAAGAUUAGUAGCAAGUGAUGGUCAACAGUCAACACUAUUAUUUCUACUCUUUUUUAAUUGUAAUGUGAAAAUGAACCUUAUUAUUUUAUAUUUAUAAAACAUGUAUUAAACACGUUUUGAAUGUGAAAGCAUGUAGUAUAAAUUCAAAAACUCCUCUCACACAAACUCACUUAUCAUUAUCAUAAGGAUCAAUACCUCUCAUAUUUUGUAGAAACACACUCCUCAAUCACUCACUAAGUUUGAGUACACUUGUACUUAAUUAAUUUCUCAAAAAAUUAAUUAAGAUGGCUAGAACUCCUAUUUGUGACAAAAGUGGAAUGAGGAAAGGAACUUGGACUGCUGAAGAAGAUAGGAAAUUAAUAGCUUAUGUAACUAGAUAUGGUUGCUGGAAUUGGCGUCAACUUCCGAAGUUUGCAGGUCUUGCAAGAUGUGGGAAGAGUUGUAGAUUGAGGUGGAUGAAUUAUCUAAGGCCUAAUAUCAAAAGAGGAAAUUUCACUCAACAAGAAGAAGAAUUGAUCAUCAGAAUGCAUAAAAACCUUGGCAAUAGAUGGUCAACCAUCGCGGCCGAGUUACCAGGAAGAACAGAUAACGAAGUGAAGAACCAUUGGCAUACAUCCCUCAAGAAGAGAGUUCAACACAACUCAAUCAUAAAUGAAGAAAUCAAAUCAAAACAUAUUGAAUCCACACAAGAAAGGGAUAUUUCCUUUUCCCAAGUUACUACUCCAGCUAGUUCCCAAAACACCAAUGGCCCAUUAUCCCCAAUUUCAUCAUCAAGUGGUUUCUCCUCCACAACAUAUUCAUAUCAAAGUUCCAAUCAUGAUUUGGAUGAUUUUGGUUUUCUUGAUGGAUUUAUAGAAUCUAUGGAUCAAAGUUUUUGGCUGGAUGAUGACCUUUCCACAAUUGUGCAAGACAAUACUAAUUGUGCUUUUCAAAAUCAAGAUACUACCACUAAUGAUGUUUUUUUAGUGUCUCCAAAUCAUUCAUCCAAUGAAAGUAAUUUGGUUUUGGAUAAUGAUUUUAGCAGCUUUCUAGAUUCUUAUGAAGAGUCAACGGUUGAUAGUUUUUGGACACAACCAUAUGAGGCUGACAUGUCCCACGUUCUAUACAACCAACAAUGGGGUUUCUUAGAAUAAUGGAAAAAUAUAUGGGAGCAAUCUCGGAGUUUGAGUUGAGAGCGGUGACGGAUAUAGAAAUUGUAUCUUUUUUUGUUUGUUAGAUUUAGAAAUUGUAUCUAAUGUGGUGGUAUUUAUAUAAAUUUAAAUCUUAAAAAGUAUUUUAUAUUUAUCAUCCAAAAACACACAUAUAUAUAUCUCUCGGAGUUUGAGUUGAGAGCGGUGACGGAUAUAGAAAUUGUAUCUUUUUUUGGUUGUUAGAUUUAGAAAUUGUAUCUAAUGUGGUGGUAUUUAUAUAAAUUUAAAUCUUAAAAGUAUUUUAUA